AUGGCAUUUUCUACCAGCCAACCGGAAAGUGUUCGCGUGGUCGGCGGUCGCUCGCCUGGCGGCCAGCUGCGGACUGCGCGGGUUACGAUGGCACCGCUAGCACGCCCGACGCCUCCCGCGCCCUGCCGCGGCGCACGCGCCCCGCCGAGAUCGAUACACCCCGCCCCAACCAUCGUCGCGCCCGCCGGGGGCAACCGCCCCACACGCAUCCGUCGCGACGCCAACUCU